UCGCCGCCCCUUCCGCGGCAGGAGCCAGCGGAGCCGCCGAGUCUCAGCGGCGGGGCCGGGCUGCGGGACGCCGCCGGGUGCAGCCGCCGCCGCCGCCGCGCCUCGCGAGCCUGCCCUAGGGCGGCGGGCGGAGGAUGCUGCCGCGGGCAGGGCAGCUGCUCCGGAGCGCCAGGGGGAGAUGGCGGCAGCCCCUGGCCGCCGCCGCCGCCGCCAGAAGCGGCCGCUCCCUGCCGGCUCCCCAGAUGCUGCAUCUGAAGCAAACUGGAAAUCUGAAGCACCAUAAAGCAGCAUGCUAUAGCACACUGGUGCCAUCUGAUGAAGUAAUUGUCAGUUACAGAUAUGGCCUUCCUGUGGUAACCCUUAUGUUACCCUCAAGAAAAGAGCGCUGUCAGUUUACCAUCAAGCCAAUGUUAACAAGCGUGGGGACCUUCCUGCAGGAUAUACAGAAAGAAGAUAAAGGAAUCGAGAGGGCAGACGUCUUUACAACAGAUGGUAGCAAGAUCCCUGCUACAGCAUUGAUGGAAAUUUUGUUGAUGAAUGACUUCAAACUUGUAAUCAACAACACAACUUACAGUGUACAAGUCCCUGUAAAAGAGAAUUGGAGUAGAGAGCAUGCUACUGAAGCAGAAGAUAUCAAAUCCUUGGUUCAUAGACUGUUCAUCGCCCUUCAUUUAGAAGACCACCAGUUAAGGAGAGAGAGAGAACUGCUUCAGAAACUGGACCAUCUAAGAGAACAGCUGGUACCCUUUGAGCAGAUGAAAGCCAAAAUUGCAACAAGUGCAGAUGCAAAGACCAAUAGGCUCCUAUGGACUGGCUUAGCACUACUGUCCACUCAAGGUGGAGCCUUGGCCUGGCUCACGUGGUGGGUCUAUUCAUGGGAUAUAAUGGAGCCAGUGACAUAUUUUAUCACUUACGGGAGUGCCCUGGCAUUCUAUGCUUACUUUGUACUCACUAAACAGGAUUAUGUUUACCCAGAUGUUAAAGACAGGCAAUUUCUCCACUACUUCUACCGAAAAUCCAGAAGCCAACAUUUUGAUGUGGAACAGUAUAACAAGCUAAAAGAGGCACUGGCAGAGGUUGAAGAGUCCCUGAGACGCCUGCAUCAGCCCCUACAUCUGCAACUUCCAAUACAGGAAAUUAAUGACAAAGUCUAAUUUUUUUCAUAAUUGAACUGUCGUUUGCAAAACCGAUUACACUAUUUAGUUUCUGUGUUGCAAACUGAAUAUUUUUGACCACUGUAGUUCUGAACAUUACUAGAAAUGUUGAUUAAAACUAUUAUAUCAUUAGAUUUUUAAAAAAUAAUUCCUGAAAUAAAGAAAUCUUUCAAAAUA